UGAGGCGCCUCGCAAGUGUCAAAGUUGUGUUGACAGUAGCAGUAGGAACUGUCAGGGCGAGGUAGCUAACUAAACCAUAUUUGCUAACACCCCGGAGCCGAAUGGAGUAACUAUUUCGUUUGCUAUAUUUUCAGAAAACUAACCCACCACAUUCCUUAUAACACUGUAAACAGUGUAAACCUCAAACGAAGCCAUGGCAGAAGACUCGAGUGCUCAAACUUGGUCUAUCAACAAGGACGACUAUGUGCUCAACGAGGUGAUUGGGAGUGGUGCCACUGCCGUGGUGCAGGCAGCCUACUGUGAGCCCAGGAAGGAGAGGGUGGCCAUUAAACGCAUAAACCUAGAGAAGUGUCAGACCAGCAUGGAUGAACUUCUGAAAGAGAUCCAGGCCAUGUCUCAGUGCCACCACCCCAACAUCGUGUCCUACUACACCUCUUUCGUAGUGAAGGACGAGCUGUGGCUGGUGAUGAAGCUACUAAGUGGUGGCUCGGUGCUGGACAUUAUAAAACACAUCAUAUCUCGUGGGGAGCACAAGUCUGGGGUGCUGGAUGAAGCAUCUAUAGCCACAAUCCUUAAAGAGGUCCUGGAAGGACUGGAGUACCUGCAUAAGAAUGGCCAGAUUCACAGGGAUCUGAAGGCUGGUAAUAUUCUUCUUGGGGACGAUGGCUCAGUGCAAAUUGCAGACUUCGGUGUCAGUGCCUUCUUAGCGGCGGGGGGAGAUAUGACCAGGACCAAGGUUAGGAAGACGUUUGUCGGGACGCCCUGUUGGAUGGCCCCGGAGGUCAUGGAGCAGGUGAGAGGUUAUGACUACAAAGCAGAUAUCUGGAGUUUUGGGAUCACAGCCAUCGAGCUGGCUACAGGCGCUGCCCCAUAUCAUAAAUAUCCACCCAUGAAGGUGCUGAUGCUGACUCUACAGAACGACCCUCCCUGCCUGGAGACGGGGAUUCAGGACAAGGAGAUGGUGAAGAAGUAUGGCAAGUCCUUCAGGAAGAUGAUAUCUCUGUGUCUACAGAAGGAGCCUGAGAAAAGGCCGACUGCUGCCGAACUGCUCAAGCACAAGUUCUUCACGAAAGCAAAGAAUAAUGAAUACCUGGAGGAGAAGCUUCUUCAGAAGGGACCUUCAAUAGGAGACCGAUCCAAACGGGUGCGUCGCGUGCCUGGCUCCAGUGGUCGUCUCCAUAAGACUGAGGACGGGGAGUGGGAGUGGAGCGACGACGAGCUGGACAUGGAGAGUGAGGAGGGCAAGGCAGCCGUGGCCGCUCUACGGUCUCCCAGAGUGAAAGAUGGAUCCAUGGAGAUCUUCCCUCCAGAGGAUGGGUCUCCCGGUCUGCUCCAUCCAGGAGGAGCAGGGCAGGACAAGGAGCAGCCGGGUGAGGCUACCCUGACCCAGGGGGAGGUGCCAGCCCAGGACCCAGCCGCCACACAAGUCCCCAUCAGUUUGGUGUUGAGGUUGAGGAACCUGAAGAAAGAACUGAAUGACAUCCGGUUUGAGUUCAUGCCUGGCAGGGACUCAGCAGACGGUGUCUCUCAGGAGUUGGUGUCAGCCGGUCUAGUUGAUGGGAAAGACUUAGUCGUCGUUGCUGCAAAUCUGCAGAAGAUUGUUGAUGAUCCCCUCAACAAUAAAAAUGUCACUUUCAAACUGGCAUCUGGCAUAGAAGAAUCUGAGAUCCCUGACGACGUCAAACUGAUGGGUUUUGCUCAGCUCAGCAUCAGUUAACUCUACAUUCCAUCAACAAAGGACAACAAACAAUAUUGCACAGCAGCAUAGUUCUAAAUUCCAAGACACCACUACUGCCAAAGAGUAGAGCUACAGUGCAUUUGUCAACCUGUAGGGUUCUUUACUGAAACCUGCAGUGUUAGUUAAAAUGGAAGGCCUCUGAGAACGGGACCAGCGCAACAACGACAAGACGACGACGACAACAACAGUUAGGACAGGAACAGGAAAUCACACUUGAAAGAGUUUACAGCAGGACCGAUCAACAACGUGAAAGGACGACAUCGCAAUCAACGACAUCGACUAAAAAAUAACACAUGUUUCUUAGUUUUCUACAUUUAGCUCUACAAUUCAAAACAUAUUCUGAUAUAACUCCUGCCAGUUUUGAAAAUGAUAUCAACUUGAAUGCCUUUUAUUUUAAUUUUUUUCAAAUAACCGUGCCACUGGCCCAACAAACAACUGAGUGUUGUGUUAUAGCCACCACUAUUCUGGAUUAUAUAGGCUGCCCGCCAGUGACUGCCUUAUUUCGUAUGUAGCGCAGUACUUUUAUCCAGGGAACUAUGUAUGGAAUGGGGAGCCAUUUGGGAAGCAGUCCUAGUAUAUUCCGAGGUGUAAAAGAUGGGGCCUUAGUUAUUUAGUAAGGAUCUCUUACAGUAUUGAUUUAUGUAAGAAGUAAAGUGAAUGAAUGAAUGAAUCGCUGGUGAAACAAGAGUUCCCUGGAUGCUAUUGAUAUUCAACUAUAUUGACCCCCAGUCAAAUACAGAAAGCUCCCAACUGCUAUCAGCUAGUUUAUUAGGAAUCAGAACUGGCAUCUCAAACAAUGUAUGUAUCAUUACUUUUAUUGACAUAAGCCUUCCAAAGUGUCUCAUACGCUUUUCUAGGUGUAUCAUUUGUUGGCAUAAGCUGUUUUAAGCUCAUAGGUGUAUCGUAAGAUGACCUGUCACUGGUUCUCAGCUUUUGACUUGAGCUCUAAUAGCCUGUCAUGACGUAGUAUCGCUUAAGCUGUGGUGUUAGUUGUUCAGGUUAUCCCAGACCGGGACAGACGGGCUGUGAUAGACGGACAGAGAGACGGACGUUGCUAAAUAGGUUUUGUUUGAUUUGGGGCGAGCAACGUUACUGGACACACUUUUAUCGGCCAACGUUCUGAACAACUGUCCAGAGUUAUUACGGAAAGACGGUAAACUAACGAAUUGACCAAGAUUUAUUCUAGUCUUGGGUGAUACGCAACCUUGUCUCUGUGAUGUCCAUGAACAAUCAGCGGUUCACCAGCCACUGGAUCUCUGUUCUCUCGCCUGUCACCUAGCUUUCAUUGUACGGCUCUUCUUAAAUGGACACAUUCAUUUGUAUCAUAGUCUUGUGGUCCAAUCCAUCCGCACUCACCUUAGUCAUAGACUGGCACUCCCUCGUUACGUUGUCUGUUUUUGGGGUGUGUGUUUCUGUGGUGUGCCAGGGGCUGUGUGUUAGCUAGUUCAGGUACUGUUGCACAUCAGUCUAUUUAGCGGGAAAUUGAUUUAAAAAGGUACGUCACAUUAUAAUGUCAGACUGGUGGUGUCACGGGAUGCUCCUACUUUAACACACCCUCACAAAGGUAUGUGAGUAAAAAGAAAAGCGUAAACUUUUUCUGGAGUGCAUUUCUGCUAGGGAAAGAAGGCUGUACGUACAAUUGGGGUAGUUAAACAUCUGGUAUACUUGAUCAUAGCUGCUCCAGAGUCUCCACAGGUUAAAAUAAACUACAGUGAGCUGGGUUGGUUUUGUUCGUUUUUCUGUUUGUAUUAGGUUUUCCACUGUUGGCCUUUUAUAUGUUACGUAAUAGUCACUAAUUCAGACUUUUGUUGCUCAUCAUGCCAUGUGAUUUGCUGAAUUGGCACCUUAUUAUAGAGAUUAUUAACUUGCAUAUUUUAGUUCAGAAAGGCUUGUGAUUUAUCACACAUUCUAUGCUUUGGUAGUAAAAUGCAUCUUUUUUGCUUUUUUUAUUGGGAUUUUUUUCUUAUCACUGAAACCUGUCCAAUUUAGAGUUUGUUUCCCAUAGUAGGUAACACAAACUGGAAUGAUGUUCCUCAACAAAAUGUAGGGCUAGCUAACUAACACAACAAAAUGACACAGUUGUGAUAUGCUGCAUUCAGACAGAGCAAUAUGUUGAAUGUUAGCCUGGGUGUCAAGUCUGUUUGUGCUAUCAUGCCAACUCUUGCUCAUUGUUAUGCCAAACAAUGCAGUUGGCAAGAGCAAGAACAAAUCUGACGCCCCGGAUUGACAAAUGUGUGAGCUAAUAGCAAAAUGUCCUGGGUUUUAAUCUCUUUUCCCUCUGUAUUGUGAACCCAAUUGGAAAGCCACUGUUGUCAGGUAGAUCUGUCACAAGGCAAACUCUUUCAAUGAUUAGUAUUUAUUAUGACACUUACUUGGAUCUGAUUGAACUUUUAUGAUUUUGUUAUUUUUUAUUUGUUGGAAGUUGGUUUACUUGAAAUCAACAUAUAUAUUUGACGUUAUUCUCUGUAUCAUCACAAAACGUGCAAGUGAUCAAAAUCAAAUGUGUUGAUUAUUUGAACAAUAUUAUCUGUGAAACCUUAGAAUUCAAUUAAAUGACAACUUCAAGUCAGGAAUUUAAUAAAACUCAUAUGCGGAAUCAAUGUUAUGUGUAGUUAAAGAAUUGCCACUACACAAAACCUUAAAAUGAAUCAUUCUGGUUGACUAAAACGGGUGAAUAGGUUAAAUAAAAUCACAUGAUUUGA